CCGGGGGCUGCGGCCGAGAAGCCCAGCGCGCCCCGCACAGGAGCGGUCCGCGAGCGCGCGCGGAGGGGACCGAGACGGACGACAGCGAGGCCCGGACGAGCCCGGAGAUGUCUCGUGUGCUCCGCAUCCUGCUCGGAUAUCUAUUCCCAGCCCUCCUGUUGCACGGGCUGGGAGAGGGUUCUGCCCUCCUUCAUCCAGACAGCAGAUCACAUCCUCGGUCCUUAGAGAAAAGUGCCUGGAGGGCUUUCAAGGAGUCACAGUGCCAUCAUAUGCUCAAGCAUCUCCACAAUGGUGCACGGAUCACUGUGCAGAUGCCCCCAACCAUCGAGGGCCACUGGGUGUCCACAGGCUGUGAAGUGAGGUCGGGGCCAGAGUUCAUCACAAGAUCUUACAGAUUCUACAACAAUAACACCUUCAAGGCCUACCAGUUUUACUAUGGCAGCAACCGCUGUACAAAUCCCACCUACACACUUAUCAUCCGAGGCAAGAUCCGCCUGCGCCAGGCAUCCUGGAUCAUCCGUGGGGGCACUGAGGCCGACUACCAGCUUCAUGGUGUCCAAAUCAUCUGCCAUACAGAGACAGUGGCUGAACAACUUAGUCGACUUGUGAACCGAACUUGCCCAGGCUUCCUGGCUCCUGGAAGUCUCUGGGUACAGGACGUAGCCUAUGACCUGUGGCAAGAGGAGAGUAGCCACGAGUGCACCAAGGCUGUGAACUUUGCCAUGCAUGAGCUGCAGCUUAUCCGUGUGGAGAAGCAAUAUCCUCACCACAGCCUGGACCACCUGGUAGAAGAGCUCUUCCUGGGCGACAUCCAUACGGACGCUACCCAGAGGGUGUUCUACCGGCCAUCCAGUUACCAGCCUCCCCUGCAGAAUGCCAAGAACCACAACCACGCCUGCAUAGCCUGCCGGAUCAUUUAUCGCUCUGACGAACAUCAUCCUCCCAUCCUGCCCCCCAAGGCUGACCUGACCAUUGGCCUACAUGGGGAAUGGGUGAGCCAACGCUGUGAGGUGCGACCCGAAGUCCUCUUCCUCACCCGCCACUUCAUCUUCCAUGACAACAACAACACCUGGGAAGGGCAUUACUACCACUACUCGGACCCUGUCUGCAAACACCCUACGUUUACCAUCUAUGCUCGAGGCCGCUACAGCCGCGGUGUGCUCUCCUCAAGGGUCAUGGGUGGCACAGAGUUUGUGUUCAAAGUGAAUCACAUGAAGGUCACUCCCAUGGAUGCUGCCACAGCCUCCCUCCUCAAUGUCUUCAGUGGGAACGAGUGUGGGGCUGAGGGCUCCUGGCAAGUGGGUAUCCAACAGGACGUGACACACACCAAUGGCUGUGUGGCUCUGGGCAUCAAACUACCUCACACAGAAUAUGAGAUCUUCAAAAUGGAGCAAGAUGCCCGGGGACGCUACCUACUGUUCAAUGGCCAGAGGCCCAGCGAUGGCUCUAGCCCAGACAGGCCUGAGAAGAGGGCGACAUCCUACCAGAUGCCCUUGGUACAGUGUGCCUCUUCCUCACCGAGAGCUGAAGACUUAGAAGACAGUCGAGCCCAUCUGUUUGGCAGGGCAGCAGGGAGGACAGCUGGGCCCCUAUUGCUUCCUGCCUUUGCCUGCCUUUGGACCCUACCACAUUGGAGCAUCGUCCGAUAGAAGGCGUUUUCUAAACCAAGACUCCUUACCAUUUAUGACUUUUCUCCACACAGAGAAAAGACAUUGAUUCUUUUGAUGCACUUGAAUGCCUGACAUCUACCAGUGCCUUCCCCCUCGUCCCCUCUUCCAGCCUCUGAGUUGUGAGCAGUGUGUUUGAAGUUUCAGCUUUGAAUCUCUUUCCAGCCUGAUCCCUGGCCUGAGAACUUCAUAGCAGUGAUUGCACUUUAAGUCUGCAGAGAGUUGGAGUUAGUGGGUUUAGGGGUGGCAGCAAGGGUGGCAGCUGGCUUCUUACCUGUGUCCUCCCACCCCUGUAUGUAGCCUUGAGCUGAGCUUUGAAGAUAAAAAAUGUCAAGCUGCAGCUUUCUCUGCCAUUGCUUCUCUUAUUUCUCCAAACCCCUUUGGUACCCCAAGUUUUUGACACUGGAAUCCAGUGAAGAGUUGGCUUGGGGCUGCCAUCAAGACCCUGUGUAUUAAUACAGAAACCAUAUGGGUAUUGAUGUGUGCCUAAGAGAAGAUGCAAGGUUCAGCUAAGUCAUUGUUCCCACCUUAAUGCCAAUCCACACUUUCAGAAAUUCUGGGUAGAAAGGUGCGUCUGUAAAGCCUCAAAGCAAUUUAAAUCGGGUUUCCUAGCACUGGUUUUCACUUGUUGAGCAAAGAUGUGGGCCCUUGUAUACUUGGUUUAAUGAUGCAGAUUAUAGCCUGCUGCUUAACCCUCAGAGUUGACUGGCCCCAUUGGGAAAUUCAGAAAAGCCUGCUGUGCUAGGCAGUCAGGAACAGCAGUGCUUAGGGCAGCUAUGGUGUGGUAAGUGCUACAGAGUGAUAAGGAGAUCUGUGGCAGUUUUCUCCAGGUGAGGCACCCGUGUCCUGGCUCCCACUGUGGUUGGGGUGUGGAGAAGAACCUCAUCUCCACUGGUUUGCUGGUGAAAGAGGCCGGGAUGGGACUCGUGCCCACUAGAGACCCACUCUGCUAGAGGCCAUCUCUGUGCAACACUGAGUCUUUGUGAGAAGUCACUCUGUGAUUAGACAUACUGGCUUGAUGUGGCUUCCUCUCUGCAUUUACUUGGUUCUGCCCCAGCUGUGAGUUCCAGAGCCAUCUUAUUCAGGGCUAGCUGCUUCACAAUCGUUAGGAGGGAGGAGGGGAUGGCUACCCAUUCCUUUGUGUUCUUGCAGCUGGUGCUAGGAACACCAAGUGCUAUUGCUCUCAGAGGCCCAUGCAGGCAAGCGGUGAGAAACGGGAAACCUAAUUGUGACUAAAAGCAGACAUGGAGACCACGAUCCAGGAGAAGCGCCCAUCAUGUAUUUAAGAAUCCACUUUAUAAAGCAGUAGUGUUCCGUGUGGUGUUAAGUUAUAGCGAUGGCAUGGAGUACCAGAGUGCUUUAUAUUUAGAUUAUAUUUUAAGUCAUGGUGCAUACUUGAGGAGGGUUAUCCAAAAGGAAAAUACUAACUUAAUGUCUACUAAGUUUAAUAAACAAAGAAUUUGGAAGUAA